CCAUCAAAUCCGUUACCUACAACAACUUUAAGAAAUUAAAUUUAAAAUAAUUUAGACCAAAAGAUGCAUUUAUUUUGUUAAUUAGAUUCUUUUUUUCCCUCUACAGUCUGUCUAAAAUAUCGGCCUCCUCGCUAAACUAACAUCCAAGCAAUAAUCCAGAGAAACUAAGAGAGACAAACUGUGCUCUCUGUAACAUCCCAUGGACUUCCUUUUUUAGAUCUCGAAGCCCUAGCUUUUCUUUUCUCUUUUAUUUUCUUAUUCUUCUGCGUAGAUUUUCUGCAUUUCUUUCAAGAUUUUCUCUCAUUCUUCUAAGAACGACUUCGCCAGUAACCUCAGCUCUAUUUUGAUUUUUGAAUUUAGUUUCUAGCCUUAAUCGAACUCUUUUUUAUUAUUAUUUUUUAAAAAAAUAACUUUGGUGAAAGAACGAAGAACUAGAAUCGCUCGUUCUUCCUAUUUUGUGGUAUUUUGUGUUUCAAAUCAGUUCUUGCUGAUUCCGAUCCGGUUCUAAUACUCGUUCGGCCGGCAUUGCGGAUUCUGGAUUGUUCGAUAACGAGCUCUUGGGGGCUUUGGUACUAUUUAGGCGUGGAUUGUGGGGGAGGAAUUGUUUAGGGUUUGUGAGAUGAUCAUGUGAAUAUAGAUGAUUGACGAGAGUGAGAGAGAGAAGAGGGGAAUGGAUGACAGAGGUGAGUCAUUUGUCGCUGUCAGGAGGAUAUCUCAAGGUAUCGAGCGAGGUAGCAACACCUGCCAUUCGACUUCUGGCUAGCUUAAUGUGUGCUGAUAUACACAACUGCUUUGCUGAGGUUGUGGCAGGAUCAGCGGCAUGGCUUGGUCGCGGUCUUUCUUGUGUGUGUGCGCAAAGAAGAGAGAGUGAUGCUCGCCCUUCAUUUGAUUUAACCCCUGCCCAGGAAGAGUGCUUGCAGAAGUUACAAAGUCGUAUAGAUGUUACCUAUGAUAGUUCAAUCCCUGAGCAUCAGGAGGCUUUGAGGGCUCUAUGGAAUGCUGCCUUUCCAGAAGAAGAGCUUUGUGGUUUGAUAUCUGAGCAGUGGAAGGAAAUGGGCUGGCAAGGAAAGGAUCCAUCAACAGAUUUUAGGGGUGGUGGUUUUAUAUCGUUGGAAAACUUGUUGUUCUUUGCUAGAUAUUUUCCGAAGUCCUUCCAGGAUCUUCUUCAAAAGCGAGAAGGUGAUCGGUCAGUAUGGGAAUACCCAUUUGCUGUAGCUGGUGUCAACAUCACAUUCAUGCUCAUUCAGAUGCUUGAUCUUGAAGCAGUCAAGCCACGAUCGAUAGUUGGAGCAACUUUCUUGAAAUUCCUAGCAGAGAAUGAAUUAGCAUUUGAUCUUCUAUACUGCAUCACAUUCAAGCUAAUGGACCAUCAGUGGCUUACCAUGCACGCAUCAUAUAUGGACUUCAAUAUGGUUAUGAAAUCCACACGUCGUCAGCUUGAAAGAGAGCUGCUGCUUGAUGAUAUAUUGCGGCUAGAAGACUUGCCAUCUUAUGGCCUUCUUACACGAUAGUAUAGCAGUUGGAGUGUUUGACUGUUGUAACAGCAAGAUUUGUGACGGAAGCAGGCCCAUUCUCUCUUUUUUUAGGUUAUUGCUGCCGCCUUCUUUUUCUGUCUUUUAAUUAGAUGGUUUUAUGCAUGAUAAAAUGCUUCUUGUCAUAACUUCACUUGAAGCAUCGACACCGAAUUCCCAUUUAAUCAUAGAAGUGGGUUGUUGAGUUUAUCAAGUUUCCUGUACUGCAAAAAGGAAAGAAGAAAAUAUCUUGAGUUUGUAAGGAGAAAUCAUUGACGUAAGCUUUUUGUAUGAUUGCAUUUAGGUUAAAUAAACAAGUGGUUGUUUGUUGCAUUAUGUGGAAUACCAAGAUCAAGACUGCAGUGCCCUCACAUGAUCUUGUAGAUCACUGUAGGUAGGUUGGAUUGUUUGUAUAUUACUAAUUGUAAGAAACUGAAUGGAAUUCAGGCCCAGCUUUCGUGUUAAA